CAACGGAGGCUCAUGAAGGGCGUGGAUGACUUGGACUUUUUCAUUGGUGAUGAAGCCAUAGAUAAACCAACAUAUGCAACAAAGUGGCCUAUCCGCCAUGGUAUUGUUGAAGAUUGGGACUUGAUGGAAAGAUUUAUGGAACAGGUUAUCUUUAAAUAUCUAAGGGCAGAACCUGAAGAUCAUUACUUCCUCUUGACUGAACCACCUUUAAAUACGCCAGAAAACAGGGAAUAUACUGCCGAAAUUAUGUUUGAAUCCUUUAAUGUCCCAGGCUUGUACAUUGCUGUUCAGGCCGUCCUUGCCUUAGCUGCCUCAUGGACGUCCAGACAAGUGGGAGAGCGGACGCUGACUGGCACAGUAAUAGACAGUGGGGAUGGUGUCACUCAUGUCAUUCCUGUGGCAGAAGGUUAUGUGAUUGGCAGCUGUAUCAAGCACAUACCAAUUGCAGGUAGAGAUAUAACGUACUUCAUUCAACAACUGCUGCGGGACCGAGAAGUGGGGAUUCCUCCUGAACAAUCUCUG